AUGCCCAAGAAAGAAAAGAAGGCGCCGAUCCCUUCGGUGACCGCGCCAGGCAUCACCGAGGAGGAGCGCUUGCUGGAGGUGCAUCUGCACUGGGAUGUGGAGGCACAAGCGGCGCCAGACAUGCUGGUUCUCGUGCGACUCUGUCAGGAGGAUCACUUCAUUCUUCCUCGCCAGCUGCCAGUCGACGCCAACAGUGACUGUGCCGCUGACGGGCAACAACAGUCGCUUCGGCAGCAACCGUCUGCUGCUCCCCCGCUUCUCCUCCUAGUCAAGCAGACGGUCAUUGUAGGCGGGUCGACUGUACGCCACACACUACUUAAUGAUAGCAAGGCGAACCGCAUUGACGUGUACGCCCUCCCGAGCGCCAGCGUUGGCAACGAAGCAGGUGGCAAGCAGGCUGGCGGCGCAGCGGGGAAGCGUUUGAAGAGCGUGACACCGGCUGCCGCGAAAUCCAAAGGGAAGGUGGCGGCCGGGCUCACGGCUCUCCCCGACGGUGCCCGACACAUUGGGGGGACGGCGCUAUCGUUUGUUCCACUUCUUGCAAGCUCCACAAUGGACGUCUCUGUGUCGCUCGCCGCGGGUUCACUCGUCGAUGCCGACGACUGCCUGAGCUUCCGCGUGCGUUGCCACGAUUCACUGCUGCUGUCUGCGCAGUGCAUGUCUCAGUGUCGUCCAGUGUUGGUGCGUGUAUACGGCGUCGCGGGACUGCCCACCUUGAAGUCCACAUCUGACUCCUCACUCACAAAGGACAUAACUGAAGCUGCGACUGCCGAUUCACGCCGUCGUCUGCGCGCUUGUGUCACGCUGGCAGGGAGAUGCGUGACGGCACCCAUACUGCCGAUUACACCUGCAAUCUCCGCCGAUGAGGCCGUGGCCCCGUCCUCGUCCCCGUCACACAGCCCGACGGCCAAUUUCCACGAUCACAUUCUCUUUUUGCAUGAGUUGGGCACACCCCUCGACGUGUACCGGAAACUCUACAGCACACCAUGCGAGGUGUCGCUGUGGCAAUCCUUCGAGAUGGAUGCUCAGGGGACGGUGGCAGCCGCUGCAGGCGCCACCUCGCCGCCGGAGAAGAGCACAGAGGUCUUACUUGGCAGCGGCAGCUUUUCGGUGCGCGACUUUUUGACAGACGAUCAAACACGCUUUUCUGAGACGGUGCAGCUGCUGCCUGGUCGCUCCACGGUGAACCUUGCAAAGGAUUGCACAUGCCUCACCACCGGCUGUAGCGUUUCCGUACGCCUUGACUUUUUCCAGCCCUUCACCCCUCUGCAACAUGUUGACCAGGAGGGGAAGCCGCUGCCCCGAAAGGCCUUCUUGACGCGUGCGCUUGUGCGCCUGCCGUACGCGGCUCCGUGGAUGGCCGACUUUCUGACGGUCCUCCUGCGCGAGGUCACGGCGCUGCCUCGCGCCACGGAGGACGUGCAGCUUUAUCUACCGCCGCCGCCGCCACCGCCACCCGCCGAAACCGCGGAGAAGGAAAAGUCAACUGGGGGACGCAACGGCACCACCCACGUCCGCGGCGCGGCACCGCCUGCCGCUUCCUCUUCCUCGAAGCGACCAGGUAGCGGCAGCGGGAAUCGCAAGGCGGGCAAGGCAAUCGGACGCCCUUCCCCACCAGACCUCGUGCCAGCCCCGCCAUUGCCGUCUUUCGCAGGCGAACUGAAGGUGUACUCGCCGCCGGGGCUCAGCGGAUUCGAGGUGGCGGACGGAGAGGAACGUCUGUGGUGCUUUGAGGCGACGGUGCCCGAAUUGCAACGUGUGCUCAGACAGCUCGGCAGUUUUGCGGAGGCUCGUGGCGGUGCGACGUCACAGGUGCAUAUGUAUUUCAACGCUGAACUGUUUGUGCCGCAGCGCGCCUACGUGAAGUUCCCGCCAUUGGUGGUUCCACCAGCGGGAAUGGCAGCCACAUCACCGCCACCCAGCGAGGCCGAUGACGCGUCGGUAGCCUUGGAGGUGGAGCCGAGCGGAACGGGCGGACGACUUCACCGCAUUCGCCUCCGUAGCACUGUUGGCGCCUUGUGCCAGAAGCAGUCCCACUACGUCCGCCACAACCUCUCCGAUGACUGCCUGCAGUGCCUGCUCUCCUUGGCAGCGCUGCUGAGGGCUGCGUCGAUGCGGGAGGCCGAGAUGCGAGGCUGGAUGCCGUCCGCGACACUUCUCAUCGCCGCAGAGCGUACCUUUGGUCAAACUCUAGAAAAGGAAGACUUGUUCGGCGUCACCUUUCCCACCCCCGCUGCAUCGCAGACCGCAGUGGUGACGUCGAUCGCUAUGGAUGAUACCACGGAUAGCGCGUCUGAGAGCAACGCCAGCGGCGCCGUUGCAUCCCUGAUGGCUGAGGCAGCAGUAGGGUCGGUCGUGUUUUUUGACGGUAUGCUCAAGGCUGGGACUCGCCGCCCUGUGCCCGCCGCCGUUCUCCAGCGCUUCCCUGUCUCAUUUUGGAUGGUGGUGACAAAAACGAAGGAAGAGGUGCUGUGCACCUUCCCACACAACACCCCCACCGGCCUCGUACAGUACCACAUCGAGGGACAGGUAGUGCGGUUCUCCGCUGUGACGUUGCUCUACGUGCUUAAGUGCGUGUGCCUUGCGCGUAGUGUCACACAGAGCCAAAACGCGGCCUACGAGCUCGUCUUGCGCCAGCGUCAGCGCGAGCAGCACGCGCUGCAACUGGCGAGGAUGGCAUCAUCGGCGACCGGCAAGUUCAUGGCGGUGCGGCGGGCCUCAGCGGAUGCCGUGGGGAAUAGCAGAGACGCCUUGCACUGUAGUGUAGACAAGACUCGCGGCUCUGCCGUCGGCCAAGUACGCGGAACGGACUCCAGUGACGAGGAUGGCGCUGAAGAGGCGGACUGGCUAGACUCCAUGGACCGGUACUUAUACACGUCUCCUGCUUUCCCAAGCAGGUCAUCAGCGCUGUCACGGCGCUUGCAGACGGAUCGCGCGAGCUCUCACAAGACGUCCGUUCACACGACCCAACACAGACAAGUACCAGGCGUUGCCGCCUCGCUCACGGAGCUCACAUACGACGAUCUGUGGCGCAUGUACGAGCAGCGCGCCCCCACCUCGGCGACGGCGGCACCUGCACGCGGCCAAGAAAAGCUGCCACCCAUCCGAUUUUGA